AUGCCCGUAAUGCAUUCGCCGUCGCGAUCGGAAGAUAGUGAAAAAUCAUUUCACGGAUUCGUCGAGGAUGUUCCCGUUGAUCUUGAUAUGGAAAAGGAAUAUCGUGUGGUUUGUCGCCAGCGUUCCCAGGUAAAGCAAAAGCUGGUGCGAAUUCAACGCACGAUAAUCGCGAACUCCACUAUCGGAUUGGCACAGCUGAAUGUGUUGUCAAAAAACCUAUCUGCAGUGUACACGGAAUAUAGUGCGUUUCACAGUAAGAUUUUGUCUUUGGUAUCGGAUGAAGCAUUGGAUCAACAAGAACAGGAAUAUGCUGAUUUUGAAAAUACUUAUACCGCCGUGUGUAAUGCAGUGGAGGAGUUACGAUUGGAAGCAAGCAACCGGACAUCGCCAAAUGCUUCAUCGAACCCGCAAAAUCAACAAGUAAUUAUCCAGCAACAACCCCUUAAGAUGCCGAUUCCUACAUUCGACGGAAAUUAUGCCGCAUGGCCAAAGUUCAAGGCCAUUUUUAAUGAUAUAAUAGCCAAUUCGGGAGAUACAGAUGCCGUCAAGCUGUAUCAUCUCGAAAAAGCGCUAGUCGGAAAUGCCGCUGGAACCCUUGAUACUAAAAUUCUUAGUGAAGGGAAUUACAAGCUAGCUUGGGAUGUCCUUAUGGAUCGAUACGAUAACAAGCGGGCUAUCGUGGAAGGCCACUACCGAGGGUUGUUAUCUCUGAAGAAAAUGUCGUCAGCAUCGCAUAAAGAAUUACGUGCACUUGUGAAUGAAGCCACUAAUCACGUUGAAAGCCUGCGAUAUCUCAAGCAAGAAAUUAAUGGCACAGCGGAACAUUUUUUCGUAUUUUUGAUUAUUUCGGCGCUCGACAACGCUACUCGACAAGCUUGGGAAUCCACAAUGAAGAAGGGAGAACUUCCAAAGUACAAAGAAACUAUCGAGUUCCUGAAAACACGGUGUCAAAUCUUGGAUAACUGUGAAUCUGCAAUCCAAGCAACCACCUCAGCAAAGAUGAAGCAAGUUCCACUACCAUCGAAGGCUCAGACGCAGAAAUGUUACACCUCAUCCACUAGCACUUCGCAACCCAUCUGUGAAAUUUGUGGUGGUUCCCAUCGGAAUGUCCUAUGCCCAACACUUACCGAUCUUUCACCUGCACAAAAGAACGAAAAAAUUCGAGCUGCUGGAGUGUGUUUUAACUGUCUGCGUAAGGGACAUAGAUCAAAAAAUUGUCCUUCUGAUAAGGCCUGCCACAAAUGCCAACGACGUCACCACACAUUGUUGCAUUCGGAUGGAAUGUUCAACAAAGAGACUAAACCCAAUGUUUCGCUUCCCGUCAAGACGGUGGCAAAUCCGCCUUCGAUUCCAGAAAUUCCAAAGCAAGCUGAUGCUGCGCAGAUACCCACCGUGGUAGAGUCGUCUGUUUCCAACACCUGCUCAUCAUACCAAGUACAAUCUAGAAGGACUGUACUGUUGCAAACCGCAAUAGUACAUGUAUUUGACCAAAAGAAGCAACCCCAUCCAUGCCGUGUAUUUUUGGACAGCGGCUCCCAGGUGAACUUCAUAACAGAAGAAAUGGCCAACCGCUUAGGUCUUUUCAAAAAACCAGCCAAUGUUCCCAUCGUUGGUGUUAAUGCCUUACGCACUCUCGCCCGAGAUAAAGUGACGAUCAAGUUCCGCUCCCGUGUGUCUUCUUUUAACGCCAGCCUAGAGUGUCUAGUAAUUCCCAAGGUAACAGGUAUAAUUCCAACUUCCAAGAUUGACGUUUCACAGUGGACAAUACCGAAUGGAGUAGUUCUCGCUGAUCCCAUGUUCCACACACCGGAAAAGAUAGAUUUGCUGAUAGGUGGAGAACUAUUCUUCGACAUCCUGAAACCGAGUCUGAUUCAACUAGCCGAUGGACUACCACAGUUACGAGACACUCAUGUCGGGUGGAUUGUGGCUGGUGUUAUCGUCGAACCGCACUUGUGUAACGUGUCGCUCCAGUAUUCGCACGUUGCACUAGAAGAUAUUGAACGGAAAUUGUUGCAGUUCUGGCAAGUCGAGGAGGUGCCAGAUGUUCCCAAACUAUCAGCAGAGGAGAUAGAAUGCGAAACGCAUUUUCUUUCCACCUACCAGCGUGACGAAACCGGAAGAUUCAUUGUUAAGCUUCCGUUUAGAAGUAAUUUAUCCCAGCUGGAUAAUUGCCGUUCCUUGGCUUUGAAGCGGUUUUUGAUGUUGGAGAAGCGACUCAUCCGUAACCCAGAAUUACAAGCACAGUACGUGGACUUUAUCCGUGAGUACGAGUCUCUUGGACAUUGUCGCGAGGUAGCAGAAUCACAAGAUAAACCAAACCAGCAACUUUAUUAUUUACCACAUCAUGCAGUACUGCGACCCUCCAGCUCAAGUACGAAAUGUCGCGUUGUGUUUGACGCAAGUGCAAAAUCAACACCGUCGGAACUUUCUCUGAAUGAGGUGCUGCAAGUGGGCCCUAUAGUACAAAAUGAUCUGCAUCAUAUAGUGCUACGAUUCCGUACAUUCAAAGUAGCUUUCACCGCAGACAUUUCAAAAAUGUAUCGUCAAGUACUUGCUGCACCGUCGGACCGUCAAUUCUUGAGAAUUUUCUGGAGAGAAAAACCAUCGUUACCGUUGCGCGUGUUGGAGUUGUGCACCGUUACAUAUGGCACCGCAUCGGCACCAUAUCAAGCAACUAGAUGCUUAGUGCAACUCGCCGAAGAGAAUGGCGAGAUGUUUCCCAUUGCCGCUCGCAUCAUUAAGGAAGAGACAUAUAUGGAUGAUAUCCUCUCAGGUGCCGGGUCAGUAGAGGAAGCCAUUAACGCACAACAACAACUUAAGCAGCUUCUUUCACAAGGAGGAUUUCCCAUACACAAGUGGUGCUCCAACUCCCAGAAGUUCCUAGAACGCAUCCCAGUGGAAGAGCAAGAGAAAAGAAUAACCUUGGAAGAGCAUGGAGUAAAUGAAGCUAUCAAAGUGUUGGGAUUACUUUGGGAUCCAUCUGCCGAUACUCUAUGCAUUGCUGCACAUCCAAAUCAACCAGCUUCGCAACCAUCUACGAAACGAGUAAUAUACUCAGAAAUUGCCAAAUUUUUUGACCCCCUCGGCAUGGUAUCACCGGUUAUAGUUAUAGCCAAACUUCUAAUACAGAAACUCUGGAAACUUAAAAUUGGAUGGGAUGAUAUAGUGGACGAUGAAACAACGCGUCAGUGGCAAGAAUUGCAAGCCUCACUUGUGUACCUCACCGACAUUCAGUUUCCAAGAUGUGUAAUAUUCGACAACGCGGUUGCCUACGAGCUCCAUGGGUUUUCAGACGCUUCUAUCGCAGCAUAUGGUGCAUGCGUAUAUUUACGAAGCAUUUUUGCCGAUGGCUCGGCAAAACUUCGUAUACUCACUAGCAAAUCGAAGCUGGCUCCAUUAAGCGAGCUUUCCAUUCCACGGAAGGAAUUAUGCGUCGCGCAUUUGUUAUCCAAACUAGUACAAAAGGUGCUACCAGCUCUGCAAAUAACAAUCCAAAGGUCCGUAUUGUGGUGUGACAGUACAAUCGUCUUGGCUUGGAUUAAAAAACCACUUAACCGGCUACAACUCUUCGUACGAAACAAAAUUGCUGUAAUCCAGAACCUAACCGGCGAGCAUCAGUGGCAACACGUCCGAUCUCAGCAAAAUCCAGCCGACGUUGUGUCCAGAGGUCAACUUCCCGAAUUCCUCAAGAAUAACAGUCUCUGGUGGAACGGCCCGGAGUUCCUACAAAUAGGAAAUUAUGAAAUGGAUGCUCCAGAAGAAAUACCAGAUGAUGAGCUGCCUGAACUCAAGGCCAUGGUGACAACAGCGGAGGAGAGGGCAGAUUUAGUGUCAUCUUUAAGCAGGUAUAGCAAUUUUCGCAAAAUUCAACGAAUCACAGGCUACAUGUUGCGCUUUGUAAAAAAUUGUCGCAAAAGAAAUCCAGAACAUCGAGAACUUCAAAAACAUUUGACCGUCUGUGAACUUCGUCACUCAGCCGAUGUGAUCGUUCGUCUCAUACAACAGCAGCGUUUCGCCGACGAAAUCAAGCGAGUUCGUGCCAACAAACCUUGUAGGAGACUUGGAAAUUUACGCCCUGUAUAUAUCGAUGGACUUCUUCGAGUAGGAGGUCGAUUGGAUCACUCGCAGUUACCCUUUGAGAAUCGUCAUCCUGUCAUAUUGCCAGAUAAGGAUCCGAUAGUGCGAUCAUUAGUUCGACAAAUGCACAUCGAGAUGCUCCACGUAGGCCAGACUGGUCUGAUGAAUGCCAUGAGACAAAGAUAUUGGCUUCUGAAUGCUAGAUCUACUAUUCGAUUGAUAGCACGUCGCUGUGUAAGAUGUUUCCGAACCAAUCCAACAGCCACCAGUCAGUUAAUGGGUAACCUGCCGGUAUCAAGAGUUGUUCCUUCACCUCCAUUUUCUGUAACUGGUGUUGACUACGCCGGUCCCUUUUGGACUAGACAAGGUUCGCGUCGUCCUGCGAUAGUAAAAUCAUACGUGGCUGUUUUUGUUUGUAUGUCAACUAAAGCAGUACACUUGGAAGUUGUAUCCGACCUGAGCACCGAUGCCUUUUUAGCAUCUCUUCGACGACUGAUAGCUCGACGAGGUAUGAUUCACGAAUUGCACUCGGAUAACGCCACUAAUUUCCGAGGUGCCAACCAUGAACUACACGUGUUGUACCAGCAGUUUCGCAAUCAGCAGACUGAAGAGGCCAUAAAAUCGUUUUGUCGUAGUCGUGAGAUCGAGUGGCAUUUCAUCCCACCAGAUGCGCCCGAAUUUUGA